AUGGGAGGGCGUGUGGAGGCGGGACAGGGAGGGAGGUCUCAUCAGAGGAGGGAGGUGAAACAGCAGCUGCUGCCCAGUGAGAGCCCGACGCAAGAAAGAGCCAUGGCUGUCAACAAAUGUGUCAAAUACCUGCUCUUCCUCUUCAACCUGCUGUUCUGGAUCAGUGGCUGCAUCAUCCUGGGUGUGUCCAUCUACCUGAAAGUGAGCAACGAAGGAAACGAGGAAGUGACCACAUGUCUGUCCACUGCUUCUCUCCGUCCACAGCUGACCAAUGAGGCCCUGCCGGGCAUCGACCUGAUGAUCGCCAUCGGCGCCAUCAUCAUGCUGCUGGGCUUCCUGGGCUGCUGCGGCGCCAUCAGGGAGAACCGCUGCCUGCUGCUGAUCUUCUUCAUCAGCCUCCUGAUCAUCUUCAUCCUCCUGCUGGCAGCCGGCAUCCUGGGGGCUGUGGAGGAGCAGAAGGUGAAGGACUGGAUGAAGGAGCGUCUGGAAAAGUUCACCCCGCUCUCCAAACAGCCUCAGAAUGUGAAGGACGACCUGGAGAAACUGCAGGUCCAGCUCAAGUGCUGUGGCCUGGUGAAUGGAAAAAGUGACUGGGACAAGAUCCCCGACUCCUGCCGCUGCAACGCCACGGAAACCGUGACGUGCCAGUCCACGUACAACGAGACGCCCUGCAUCAAGCAGAUCAUCACCCUGAUGGAGGACAACCUGGAGAUUUUUGGGAUGGUCUUCUCCAUGAUGCUGUACUGUCAGAUUGGCAGGAAGGAUGGCGCCACCACCGCCUGAGCGCCGCCUGUCGGGGGGCGGGGGGGGUCCCCAGUGACGCAUGUAACCUCCACCCAACCUCCAGCUAACCUCCACCCAACCUGCAGCUAACCUCAGUGCUACAUAACUUAUGCUAGGCUUUUAACAAGAAGGAGAUCUGAUAUUUUGGUUGGUAAAUGUUGUACAGAGUCCUAAUGGACAAAAUAAAUGAACAAAUAGAUUAAAAUUCAGUAUAAUCAACGAUUUUAACAAACAAGUGCUAUAAUUGAGAAAUUAAAUGAUUUUUAAAGUAUAAUAAAAGUGGAAAAACCUAUUUGUUUUAAUCAGUUGUUCUGCUAUUGAACAAACGUGAAAAACUGAGAGCAUUUGUUCAGAUUAAACUUGUUUUACAGAUUAUUGGUGUUCCAUUGAGCCUUUUUUUAACCUUGUGUCCGUGACGAUUAUGUUCACAUGAAGGUCGGAAAGCCCAAAAAUCACAUUUCCAAACAUAGUAGAAAAGGAAGACUUAUUUAUACCCUAAAUUUGGUCAUAAUACAAUUUCUUGAGUAUUGCAUCACAUCAUUUUAUUGAAUUAUAAACUGAAAAAUCUUGUUUAAGGGUGCAAGAUUGUUAGAUUUUUGGACGUUGUUGCUUUUUGGACAGCAGCGGCCGAACACAUUCAAGUUUUGGAUUCACCUCUUCUGUUCAAAAUGCAAGAUGAAACUAUCAUUAGGAAACAAUUAGCCUUCGUUAGCCACUACUUUUCAUCAUCAUUGUUAGAAAUAUUCUUACAUUGUGUUUCUCAAGGAACAAAAUGUAAUUUUUGUAUUCUAGUAUCUUUUCAAUAAACACUUACUGGUAAAGGAUGUUUUAUUUGGAACUAUUUCUAAUUUCCAGCAGUUUCUAUCUUGGCAUUUCUCUUUUUCCCCCCCUUUAAUUCAUGAAGAGAUUCGGGGGAAUAAUAAAAAGAAAACGUUCACUUGAACAGAGCAUAUUCCAAAGUAUGUAUGCUCAAAAAGGAAAUUAAUAAUAAAUAUAAGUAUGUUUUUUUUUCUUUCUUUUAAAGGCUGAACAUUUAAAAGUUUAUUUAAAAAAAAGGAUACGCUGUCACUGUUAUGAUGUGUAGUUAAACCAGAAUUAGAUUUCUUCAGAUAUUUGAGCCUCUAAGUGGAUAUUAUUGAUGUUUGGGCUCAUUUUUUCCCUCAUUGCCAUAAAACUGAACUGAACUGUCAUACAGAAAGUCUCCUAACUGUGUUAUGUUGCUGGAAAUGUGUUGUGGAAUAUGUGAAAUAUUUUUAAGAUGUCAAGUUUCCAUGAAAUAAACACGAUUGUGGAUGUGUAGAAUAAAAGUUCAUCCAUCCUCUGUGGACGUUUUUCUGUGAGGAUC